AUGCUUGAAGAUCAACCUUUGAGGAUAGGGAAUGUUGAAAUCCCCACUAACUUCAUUGUGCUUGAAAUGGAUGAAGAACCAACAGACCCUUUGAUACUAGGGAGACCUUUCUUAGCUACAGCAAGAGCAAUGCUAGAUGUCUGUGAAGGUACAAUAGAACUGAACCUUGGACAAGACCUAAAGAUGAAGUUUGACAUCAAGGAUACAAUGAGGAAGCCAACAAUACAAGGUCAACUCUUUUACAAUGAAGAAAUGGAUCAGUUGGCGGAUGAACUUUUGGAGGAAGUGUCUUUGGAAGACCACUUGCAAGUUGCUCUCACCAAGGAUCAAUCUGAAGGGUAUCUGCAUUCAGAAACUGAGGAGUAUUCUAGGCUCCUUGACACUUUCAGACCGGUUCCGAACAUCUUUUGCAUUGAGGAGUUAGGCGAGCCUCUUUGUGAAGUUCUGGCAUACAGGAAAGUCAUUGGCUACACUCUUGAUGAUAUAAAGCGAAUCUCUCCUGAUUUAUGCAUUCAUAGGAUUCAUUUAGAGGAUGAAAGUAAGUCUAGCAUUGAACCUCAAAGGAGAUUGAACCCAAAUCUAAAGGAAGUAGUGAAGAAAGAGAUACUUAAGUUGCUUGAUGCUGGGAUCAUUUAUCCCAUCAGUGAUAGCACUUGGAUAUCUCCAGUUCACUGCGUCCCAAAGAAGGGAGGAAUCACUGUCAUAAAGAAUGACAAAGAGGAGCUGAUCCCCACUAGAACAAUAGUGGGGCAUCGCAUGUGUAUAGACUAUAGGAAGUUAAAUUCUGCAUCUAGAAAGGAUCAUUUCCCUCUUCCUUUCAUUGAUCAGAUGCUUGAAAGAUUGGCAAACCAUCCCUUCUAUUGUUUUCUUGAUGGUUAUAGUGGUUUCUUCCAAAUCCCGAUCCAUCCCAACGAUCAUCAGAAGACCACUUUCACAUGCCCUUAUGGGUCUUGCAGAGGUGUGAGGAGACAAAUCUGGUACUCAACUGGGAGAAGUGCCACUUCAUGGUGCAAGAAGGGAAUUGUUCUUGGACACAAAAUUUCUGAGAAGGGGAUCGAGCUCGAUCGAGCUAAGGUGGACGAUGUUGCAGCUUCCUGUGCCUAA